AUGACCUACUUCCGCAUAACGCUCAUACGCUCUGCCAUCGGCCUACCGCGCCGCACCACAGGCGUCCUGCACGCUCUCGGCCUCAAGAAACGAAUGGCUACGGUGUUCUACCCCGUUAGUCGAGAUGUAGCAGGUCAGAUCAUGAAAGUCAAGGAACUCGUCUCGGUCAAGGAGGUUGAUCAGCCGUUGACCAAGGAGCAGCUACAUCUGGAGAGGAAGCCGGAUCCAGGAUAUUACGUUGAGAAGAGAGGGGAGGAUGUCUUUAGAGAGAAGAGGGCGGCUUGA